AUGGAGCCGCCGCCCACCCUGUACCUGGUGAAGCUCUAUGUCUACGACCUGUCCAAGGGCAUGGCCCGGCGCCUCAGCCCCCUCAUGCUGGGGAAACAGCUGGAUGGGAUCUGGCACACCUCCAUAAUUGUCCAUAAGGAUGAGUUCUUCUAUGGCAGUGGUGGGAUUUCCAGCUGUGCACCUGGAGGGACGUUGCUCGGGCCCCCAGACUCAGUUGUAGACCUCGGGAGCACAGAAGUUACAGAAGAAAUUUUCCUGGAAUACUUGUCCUCGCUGGGAGAAUCCAUGUUCCGAGGAGAGUCUUAUAACCUCUUUGAACAUAACUGCAACACCUUUAGUAACGAAGUGGCGCAGUUCCUGACAGGAAGAAAGAUCCCUUCCUACAUUACUGACCUUCCGUCCGAAGUCCUUUCCACACCCUUUGGACAAGCUUUGAGGCCUCUCCUGGACUCCAUCCAGAUCCAGCCACCUGGUGGUAAUACCUUCCGCAGACAUAAUGGACAGAGCUAA